AUGGAGAAAUCGGAGGUGUCUUUUAGCCGAAACAUUGAACAAGAAAAGAAAGAUUUGCUUCAGAUGAAGUUAUCAUUUAAGGCUGUAGAGGGGCACGAAAAAUAUCUUGGUUUACCAACUUUUGUUAGUGGAUCUAAGAAACGUGUUUUCAGAUAUAUUCAAGAACGUGUGUUGAAAAAGUUAAAAGGGUGGAAAGAAGGUUUUCUGUCUCAUGCGGGAAGAGAAGUUCUCAUUAAAGCUAUAGCACAAGCGAUACCGACGUAUGCUAUGCAAUGUUUCCGAAUUCCGGUGGAGAUGCUUAAGGAUAUUGAAGGGAUGUGUAGAAGGUUCUUUUGGGGACAAAAAAAAGAUGAGAGGAAGGUAGCAUGGGUAGGGUGGAGUAAGAUGUACAAAGCGAAAAAAGAGGGCGGCCUUGGGAUGAGAAAUUUACAAAUUUUUAAUGAAGCUUUACUCACAAAACAAGCGUGGAGACUUGUUAAGUACCCUGACUCUUUGAUGGCCAAAACACUAAAAAACAAAUACUUCCCAAAUACAUCAUUUAUGGAUGUGAAGCAAAGCCCGGUAGCGAGCUUUACUUGGAAAUCAAUCCUGUCAGCUCGUGGACUUCUCAAAAAGGGUCUGCGCAAGGUUGUGGGUCAUGGCAAUAGUGUAGAAAUCUGGGGGGACCCUUGGGUUCCGGGUUUACCCAACUUCAGGCCGAGGAAAGAGUUGAGUCAUGAGAAUUCUGGGCUACGGACAGUAUGUGAUUUAAUGAUACAAAGGAGGUAG